AUGCCUUCGAAUAUUAUCAACACUUCAUCUAUCAAACGAUCAGUGGCAUGUUAUUUGGCUUUCAUCUACACCGUUUCCUGGGCUCAGCCGGCCCUUGAUGGCCUGGGCGAAAGUCAUUUUAUCAGUUCCGAUGUCCAUUCAAGCCAAGGGGAUCUUCACGACGUGUUCAACCGAGUGAAGCGUCCGUCGGAAACUCAGUUCUCUACGAGAAUUGGCACGGAGUGGAUGGACCCCGACGCUCAUAGUGACUAUCAAGAUGUUGCCAAAAGGCAAAAGACGGUCGAACAUGACGUUAGUGGUCUCAUUCCGCAACCGCAACUUGACCCCCAUACUUCAUCUCAUAGUGCCACUCAUGAUGAGAUGUUCUCCCAAUGGAAUUUGAAGGGCUCAGACACCAUGCUUUUAUCGACUUGCUGGCCUUCCCUUCCGACCCCAACAUCGCCCGCUUCAUUCUUGCCACCUCAAUCCCAACAUGUUCCACUGAAUAGCGGCUUAACCUUCGAAAAAGAACAUUUAAUGAACCCAACACCAGAAUCCAUGUUUGAAUCUAUGUCACAUCAUGAGAUAGGCACCAAUGAUGAUGACCUUAAAAUCUCUUUGCUCUUCGAACAAUUGCAGUCCCCUCAAUUUGAAAACACCAAUGCUCGAGAAUGGCUUCCUCUCUUAGAUAAUGUCCAUGUGCCACCGGUUCUCCCCCAUUCAGAAUUGAAUCAAGCCGGAUUUCAAAGGCAUUCCCCAGUUGAACUUGAUACACAUAGCGGCCAAGAUUCCAUUCAGCGCCCUCAACAACUUCAUGAGCCUCACAUUACCAAUCAAGGGCCAUUAGCUCCUAGUAGUUCACAUCCUUCUUUCGACGGCGAGUUGUCCGGAGAAUUAAAUGAGAAUGAUCGGGUUUCGUCGAAGGACUCAGUAGAUCGCGACCAGGUACAAAUUUACAGCGAGUCUCCUCGAGAUACCAACAGCGAUGAGAGCACACAUGAGCACACAAGCCAGCAGUCGAUUCCUCUUGAAAAAGUUCAGUUGCCAAGAAACAUUAUGGAUGAUAAAUUUUUGGAACUCUUUACAUACAAAUUCACCCAGCACCUCCAUCACGUCUUCACACAUUCAAGCACCGGAGCACGUAAAAACGACUACCCAAUAGCCGGACUACCAACGAGGAUUUCUCGAAACAGUGACUCGUAUAUGAUCUGGAUUGAGCAUGAUCCUAACAUUCUUGCACCAUCUCAAAACAGUAUUCAAAGAAGUCAAAAGCUCUCAUACCACUUUGGUGGCUUGAUUCAAUGGUUCCUUUUCAUCAACACUGCCGUCUUGAGGAAAUUGAACGCAGGAAAAACAACGUUGGAUCAUUCUGAAUUCGAUUCUCAUCAGCAGCUGAUAGAUUGGCUCUUCAAGGAGUCUUUCCACCCUGAACAUUGUGCGCCCAUUCUUGGAAUGAUCAGUUUCGUCGAUUUCAAUGCGUUCAAAAAAGGAAAAGAAUUCGGACCGACACAGAGACUAUUGAUCAAAUUUCUAUCAUCGGUACAACAACCAGGCGAAGCCCCUCAAGUAGCGAUUUCGAUCAUCAGAUUGUACUAUUACAAUUUCCAACCCGAGAUUUGGAAGGGGUUGGGAAUCCUUGAUGAGAUGGAUUUUGAUUGGGAGAUAGAAUCACUCAUCGUCAGCGGAAUUCAAUCCCAGAUGAAAGUCGGAUUCGGAUCUGAUUUCUCCUAUACGUACAGCCAAUUGGGAAAUUUCGAAAUUUGCGACAUUAAACGUUUUCCAGAAACAAUGAAGCCCAGAUCAUACCAAAAGGAAAACUGUACGGAUACGUUUGGAUUAGAUUAA